AUGCCAUUCAACGUCUAUAUCACCCGACAAGAUGGACGCUGGGAUUGGGUAUUCUAUAUUGAGCUUGACGCAAUCCCCAAGGAAGUGAUAGUGGAGAGUACUGGGUGGAUACACUCCUUCAAGAGCGACGGGAAAGACGGGAAUCAAUACACAGCUCGACUCAAUCGCACCCCCAGGGUCAACCCUGCAGGAAACAUGAUCGCAACUAUCGAGGAAGCAGACUUGCCGAAAUUCCAUGAAUUAUGCUUUGCAGCGAUUCGUCCACUGCCGCAGAAAAAGCAUAUGAACCGUCUGGUCCUUCGCUGCAUGAUGCCAGGGCGAUGGAAGCAAGAGCCAAGGGAGUGGUGGCUGUUGAUUCGGGACAGGGCUUUUGCAAAGGGGAUAUUCAAGCCUCUUGACAUUGAGAUAUCAGCCAGUCCUAACUGCCUGUGA